AUGAAGUCCCAACUUGCCUCGGGACUCAUCCUGGCGGGUGCAGCACAGUCAAUCGCAGGCGCUCUUCCCGAGACGAAUAAGAACUACAAACCUCUUGUCGAGUCAAAGGCAUUGCAGAGACUAGUCACCACAGAAGGAUUGUGGGGAAAUCUUGAGAAGCUCGAUGAAAUUGCAAAGGCCAAUGGUAACAAUCGUGCGUUCGGUCUGCCUGGCUACGCCGCCUCGGUGGACUACAUCCUUUCUCGCACAAAGGACUCGCCGGACUUCAACACCUACACGCAAGACUUUCCGGCAAACUUCUCGCAAGUCACGUCCAUCUCUUUCAAGGUCGAUGACAAUGAUUACUAUGUCAUUGGGUUGACUUACUCUCCCUCAACGACCGAGGAGGGAUUGACCGCGAAACUUGCACUCGGUGUUCCGGGAGAUGCGGGCUGCACCGAACAGGCAUACGCGGAUCUUGAUGUCAAAGACAAGAUUGUGCUUGUGCAGCGGGGCGCCUGCCCUGAUGGGACUACCCUUGCAGGCCGCAUGAAGCCGGCGGCGGCAGCAGGAGCAGCAGCAGUUGUUAUCUACAAUGACGUUGAGACCCAGGUCACUGCAGGAACCUUGUCCAGCCCAAACCCGCAAUACGUCCCUACCGGCUUCAUCAAUCGGGAUGAUGGUGAAGAAUUAGUAGCUCGCCUUGAGAACGGGGAAGACAUUGAAGCAUAUUUCCAGCAGUCGCAGACGAUUGAGACGAGAAUCACCCAGAAUGUCAUUACAGAGACGAAGGGUGGAGAUCCAAAUAACGUCGUCAUUCUCGGGGCACAUCUCGAUAGUGUUCAGGCUGGCGCUGGUAUCAACGAUGACGGCUCCGGAACGAGCUUGAUACUUGAGAUCAAGACUGCGUUGGAGAAAUUUCGGGUGAAGAAUAAGGUCCGUUUCAUCUGGUGGGGCGCCGAAGAGAACGGUCUCUUGGGAUCCAAGUUCUACACCAACAACCUCAACGUUACCGCUGCCAACUCCAUUCUGGCCUAUCUGAACUUCGAUAUGGUAUCGCGCGGCUAUUUUGGCGUGUUCGAUGGCGAUGGUUCUACGUACAACCUGAGCGGUCCUGCUGGUUCGGAUGUCAUUGAACGCAUUUUUGUGGAGGACCUCACUAGCAAGGGCAUCAACGUGACGGCAGCCCGCUUCACCGGUGGCAGCGACUAUCAAAGCUUCAUAAACAUUGGAAAGCCCGUCGGUGGACUUCAUACGGGCACAGGUGUUGCGCAGGACCCCUGCUAUCACCAGGCCUGUGAUACUAUCGAGAACCCCGAUGCGAACACAAUCACUGUCAAUGCAAAGACAGCCGCUCACGUGUUGAGUAUUUUGGCAACCAAGGGCCAUCAAAUCAUUCCAAAGAGCCCCGUUAAUGCGACAGUUUCGAGCAGAGGACUGAUUGGAAGGAAUGCUGUAACCUGGACCUUGGGAGAAGACGAAAGGCACCUGGGCACCUGUGAACAUGUCAUAUAA